UGUUUCUCUCUCUCCCUCCCCCCUCUCUAAAUUUCAAUAAAAACAUUUUUUUGGGGGGGGGCAGUAUACUGUACUGUACACAGUCUCCAUGACUGACUGUUUCAUGUCAGGUUUUCCCAGGAGUCUGCCGUAUUGAUGUGAGUAGCUAUAGUCCAUUGGCUUUUCACAAAGAGCUGUCUAAUAUACCCCUGGGUGAAUGUACCAGAAUUCAUUUGUGCAUUAUGUUGAUGAGCAUUUGCAUUUUUCUCAGCUUUUGCUGUUGUGAUCAAUGCCACAAAGACAACUUCUGGUCCAAUUAUGCACACGGCAUGUGGUUCUGGGUGCACACAGCAACUGCUAAAUCCAGGCACUUCUGACUCUUCACACAACUAUGUCUGCCUAAACUCCCAAGGACAGUGAUGCCAGGUGCCAGGGUCUGCCAGGCCCCAUUGGUCCAACGCUCUCCCUUGUUCCUCACCAAUGCCUCUCUCCCCCAGAUUCAACUGGCAUGCUGGGUCGCAUCAUCUUUGCCUGGUGGAAGGGGAGCAAACUGGACUGUAAUGCCAAGCAGUGGAGGCUUUUUGCUGACAUCCUCAACGAUGUAGCCAUGUUCCUCGAGAUUAUGGCUCCCAUAUACCCAAUCUGUUUCACCAUGACCAUCUGCAUCAGUAACCUGGCCAAGUGCAUUGUGAGCGUGGCUGGCGGGGCUACUCGGGCUGCACUGACCAUGCACCAGGCCCGGAGAAACAACAUGGCUGACGUGGCAGCCAAGGAUGGCAGCCAGGAGACGCUGGUAAACCUGGCUGGUCUCCUGGUCAGCCUCUUGAUGCUUCCCCUGGUGUCAGAUUGCCCUAGCUUCAGCCUCAGUUGUUUCUUCCUCCUCACUGCCCUCCACAUCUACGCCAACUACCGGGCAGUCCGAGCCCUUGUCAUAGAGACCUUGAACGAAGGCCGGCUCUGGCUGGUCCUAAAGCACUUCCUUCAGAGGGGAGAGGUACUUGACCCCACUUCAGCCAAUCAGAUGGAGCCACUAUGGACAGGUUUCUGGCCAUCUCUGUCUCUGUCCUUGGGGGUCCCCCUACAUUGCUUGGUUUCCAGUGUCUUUGAGCUGCAGCAACUGGUUGAGGGACACCAAGAACCUUACCUUCUUCACUGGGACCAGUCACAAAAUCAGGUACAGGUUGUUCUGAGCCAGGUGGCAGGCCCUGAGGCUGUCCUAAGAGCUGCCACACACGGGCUGGUGCUUGGAGCCCUGCGGGAAGAUGGGCCCCUCCCAAGAGAGCUGGAAGAACUGAGGAACCGAGUAUGGGCAGAACUCCUGUUUCUGCACCCCCAUCCAGGUCCUAACAAAGAGAGCUGGGUCAUCAUCAAGGAGACACACCAGGUGUUGGACAAGCUAUUCCCAAAGUUCUUGAAAGGACUGCAGGAUGUGGGCUGGAAGACUGAGAAGCACCAGCUGGAGGUGGAUGAGUGGAGGGCCACAUGGCUCCUGUCUUCAGAAAAGAAGGUCUUGUGAGCAGCCCAGAUGGAGGGCCAGAUCCUGGGCUAAGAGCCUGAAGCAAGAACACUUUGGCUAUAGCAGGAUGUGGGAAAGGCAGCUUUAUUUUUGCAUGGGGGAACUGCCAUGGUGGGUUGGCCAAGGCCUCACAGGAGGUAACUGCCAGUCAGAUGGAUUGGGCCCCAGGAAGAGACAAGGUAGAGAGAAGGGGAACCACAGUCUUCCUCCUCCUCUUCUGCCCCACUCCCUUCUCACCACUGCAGGAGUCCCCACACACACAUUGUGAGGCUGAGCCCUGCACAGGCUGUGGCUCGUGGUGCCCCCACACAGUUGGCCUCAGGCAUAAAAACCCCAGAGGAAUGUCGCCACGGCCAUCAUGAGCAGGGCAUUGAAGUUGACCACGCGAGCCCAGUGCGGGUCCUCACUGAUGUCCUCCAGCUGCCUGGCUGC